AAAGUGUCCAUGCACUUCCCUACCAAAAAUUAACCUAAGCUCUCAUGCUCCUAAUAUUGUUAAUGGUCCCAUUAAUGGUCCCUGCGGGUCAGCCUACCUGGCCCCCUGCGUCUGCCUCCAUCACCCGGCCCGCUUUCCUCCCACAUCCCCUACCUUCUCGUUCCUUCCGCGAGAGGUGUCCCCGCGCGCAGUGGGCACGUCCUCGCCUCAGCGAAGAGGGCGCACGAAGGAGCCAGCCCGGGUGGUUCGCCCGGGUCCCCGCCCCCAGCCCUGCUCCCCGGCGGGACACUGUCCCUUUAAUAGACUCCCUCUGCCUGGCGCUCUGCGGCUGGGGAGUAAAUUUCUCCCUGUCAUCAGGUCGCGGGGAGAGGAGGAGGAGGAGGAGUUUGUUAAUGUUCAGUUUGUUCAGCGGGAUCGAUGUUUGCUGGCAUCGCCUCGCCCUGUCUUGUGUGUGUGUGAGAGAGUGUGUGUGUGUGCGUGUCUGUGUGUGUGCGUAUGUGGGGGGUGUGAGUGUGUGUGUGUGUGAGAGGAAGCAAGAGUGCGUGCGUGUGUGAGUGUGUGUGUGUGUGUGUGUGUGUGUGUGUGUGAGUGUGUGAGUGAGUGAAUUCCAGAUUUUCUGUCUUUCCCAAACCCGCUCCUGUCCUCUCGCAUAUCACUCACAGGCGGGGAUCUGACAGCAGCCACAAACCUACAGUGAGUGAUCUCUCUCUGCCCCGGCACGAAUCCGCCAUAGAGAUCGGCGAGGAGGAGGAGGAGGAAGAGGAGAAGGAGGAGGUGGAGGAGGAGGAGGAGGAGGGAAAGAGGAGAAGGAAGAAGAAAAAGAAGAAGAAACCACUACCUUCCCAGGAUUGCCUUUUUUUCCUUAUCUUUACGCGCGCGUGUGCGUCCCUCGCCCCUUCCAUCCGAACCCGGUCUUGGAUGUUAAUUAAAGAAUACAAGUAGUCUCAACAGUCAAAAACCAAAAAAAAAAAACCAAAACCAAAAAAAAAAUUUCCAAAAAAGCAAAAACAAAAAGAGAGAAAAGAGAGAGGAAAAAAAAUCCAAAACAAACAAAUAAACAAACAAGGCAGAACCAACCUCUACUUCAAACCAGCCGGCACAGCCACCCGUUUCUGCCACCCAGAGAGGGGGGUCUCUGGCCCGUGGUGGAGGAGUUGCAGGGGGGAUCGUCAGGGGGACAGAGGCCGAGUGACGCCCUAGGAGCCACCGGGCAGGAGGCGGAGGAGCCCCAGAGAGGCGAGAGAGACAGCGGGCCCCCGCGCGCGGCUCGGGGCUGGGGCGCCAGAAGUGGGACUGGAGCGAAGUAGAGCGAUGCCAAGGAGGAAACAGCAGGCACCCAAGCGGGCGGCAGGCUACGCCCAGGAGGAACAGCUGAAGGAAGAGGAGGAAAUCAAAGAAGAAGAGGAGGAAGAGGAAGACAGUGGUUCAGUAGCUCAGCUUCAGGGCAGCAAUGACCCAGGAACAGAUGAGGAGCUAGAAACGGUGGAAACGGGUCCUGAGCAGAAAGGCUGCUUCAGCUACCAGAACUCUCCAGGAAGUCAUCUGUCCAAUCAGGACGCCGAGAACGAGUCCUUGCUGAGUGAUGCCAGUGACCAGGUGUCAGACGUCAAGAGCGUGUGCAGUCGAGAUGCCCCGGACAAGAAAGCCAGCCUGCACCCCAAGCCCCCAAAUGAAGCCCACAGCUGCAUGGAUAAAAUGACCGCUGUCUAUGCCAACAUCUUGUCUGAUUCCUACUGGUCUGGCCUGGGUCUUGGCUUUAAGCUGUCCAACAGCGAGAGGCGGAAUUGUGACACCCGAAAUGGCAGCAAGACUGAUUUCGACUGGCACCAGGACGCUCUGUCCAAAAGCCUUCAGCAGAACUUGCCUUCCAGACCCGUGUCGAAGCCCAGCCUGUUCAGCUCGGUCCAGCUGUACCGGCAGAACAGCAAGAUGUGCGGGGCCGUUUUCACCGGGGCCAGCAGGUUCCGGUGCCGGCAGUGCAGUGCCGCCUACGACACCUUGGUCGAGUUGACUGUGCACAUGAACGAAACAGGCCACUAUCAAGAUGACAACCGCAAAAAGGACAAGCUCAGACCCACGAGCUACUCAAAGCCCCGAAAAAGGGCUUUCCAGGACAUGGACAAGGAGGACGCUCAAAAGGUUCUGAAAUGUAUGUUUUGUGGCGACUCCUUCGAUUCCCUCCAAGAUUUGAGCGUCCACAUGAUCAAAACAAAACAUUACCAAAAAGUGCCUUUGAAGGAGCCAGUACCAACCAUUUCCUCGAAAAUGGUCACUCCCGCGAAGAAACGCGUCUUCGAUGUCAACCGGCCCUGUUCCCCCGAUUCGACCACAGGCUCGUUUGCCGAUUCAUUUCCUUCUCAGAAGAGCGCCAACUUACAGCUGUCCGCCAACAAUCGCUAUGGGUACCAGAACGGUGCCAGCUACACCUGGCAGUUCGAGGCCUGCAAGUCCCAGAUCCUGAAGUGCAUGGAGUGUGGGAGCUCCCACGACACUUUGCAGCAGCUCACCACCCACAUGAUGGUCACCGGUCACUUUCUCAAGGUCACCAGCUCUGCCUCCAAGAAAGGGAAGCAGCUGGUGUUGGACCCACUCGCCGUGGAGAAGAUGCAGUCAUUGUCCGACACCCCAAGCAGUGAUUCCCUGGCUCCCAAGCGGUCAAGUAACUCAGCUUCUGACCGCACGGCCUCCACAACCGAGUUAAAGAAAGAGGGUAAAAAAGAAAAACAGGAGGAGAUCAUCAAGGAUGAGAAGGUCAUGAAAAGCGAGGACUAUGAAGACCCUCUGCAAAAACCUUUAGACCCUACAAUUAAAUACCAGUAUCUAAGGGAGGAGGAUUUGGAAGACGGCUCCAAGGGUGGAGGGGACAUUUUGAAGUCACUGGAAAACACUGUUACCACCGCCAUCAACAAAGCCCAAAACGGGGCUCCCAGCUGGAGCGCGUACCCGAGUAUCCACGCGGCCUACCAGCUGUCCGAGGGCGCCAAGCCUUCCCUGCCUCUGGGCUCCCAGGUCCUGCAGAUUCGACCCAACCUCGCCAACAAGCUAAGGCCAAUUGCACCCAAGUGGAAAGUGAUGCCGCUGGUUUCCGUGCCCACAAACCUGGCCCCAUACACUCAAGUUAAGAAGGAGCCGGAAGACAAAGAUGACGUCGAGAAGGAGUGUAGGAGGGAAAGUGCCCAAGAAGAGGCGUCCUCCUUCAGCCACGGCGAGGGGCAUUCUUUCUCCAAAAGCGAACUCCCUUCAGAAUCCAAAAAGGCUGAGCCUUGUCCCCCAGAGGAGGAGGACAAGCUGACGAAAGAGGGCGGGGAGAGAGAGAAACCCCAGGCCUUGGAGCCAGCAUCUUCUCUCAGCAACGGGUGCACCCUCACCAACCACGCUCCGGCCCUGCCGUGCAUCAACCCGCUCAGCGCCCUGCAGUCCGUCCUGAACAAUCACCUGGGCAAAGCCACGGAACCCUUGCACUCUGCCGCCUGCUCCAGCCCCAGCUCAAGCACAAUGUCUAUGUUUCACAAGUCGAGCCUCAGUGCCAUGGACAAGCCAGUUCUGAGUCCCGCCCCGACGAGGCCGGCCAGUGUGUCCCGACGCUACCUGUUUGAGAGCAACGAUCAGCCCAUCGACCUGACCAAGUCCAAGGGCAAGAAGGCCGAGUCCCCGCAAGCACAGUCCUGCACGUCCCCACCCCAGAAGCAUGCUCUGUCUGACAUCGCUGACAUGGUCAAAGUCCUCCCCAAAGCCACCACCCCAAAGCCCGCCGCUUCCUCCAGGGUGCCCCCCGUGAAGCUGGAAAUGGAUGUCAGGCGCUUUGAGGACGUGUCCAGCGAAGUCUCGACCUUGCAUAAAAGAAAGGGCAGGCAGUCCAACUGGAACCCUCAGCAUCUUCUGAUCUUGCAGGCUCAGUUUGCCUCCAGCCUCUUCCAGACGUCGGAGGGCAAGUACCUGCUGUCCGACCUGGGUCCACAAGAGCGAAUGCAGAUCUCGAAGUUUACGGGACUCUCGAUGACCACCAUCAGCCACUGGCUGGCCAACGUCAAGUACCAGCUCAGGAAGACGGGCGGGACCAAAUUCCUGAAAAACAUGGACAAAGGCCACCCUAUCUUCUACUGCAGUGACUGCGCCUCCCAGUUCAGAACCCCGUCUACCUACAUCAGCCACUUAGAGUCUCACCUAGGUUUCCAAAUGAAGGACAUGACCCGCAUGGCAGUGGAACAGCAAAGCAAAGCGGAGCAGGAGCUCUCCCGGGUCUCGUCGGCCCAGAGGUCCCCGGAAACCAUAGCUGGCGAAGAGGACACAGACUCUAAGUUCAAGUGUAAGUUGUGCUGUCGGACAUUUGUGAGCAAACAUGCAGUAAAACUCCACCUAAGCAAAACGCACAGCAAGUCACCCGAACACCAUUCACAGUUUGUAACAGACGUGGAUGAAGAAUAGCCCUGCAGGUAUGGGUUUGCUCCCAGGUGGUCGUGCCAGUAGCCCUGGGAGGAGCUUCUAGAAGGGAGAUGGGUCUGUCUAGAGGUAGCUAACGUCUCCCUGUGCCAAGAGGACAGUAGCCUGCUGGAAUCGCACUCAUUUUUACAAAAGACUAGAACAUGAUAAAUAAGUCCUAACCACUCUCUCCACUUGCCCAGCUUAACGCUGGGGAAUAGAACACAACGGGCUUAGGGAGACGGAGCUCACAGGUUACUGCUUCGUGAGACUCUCAAGGUCCAGCCAAGGCUAUGCCUCAUUUUAAUUACUGAGUACUGCCUUCUCUUACUGUCCCAUUUCACCACCUUAUCUUCCCAUAGUUAAUGCUAAUGACUUAUAAAGCGAUAAAAACUUAAGGGAAAAAAAGGUGAGCAACAGAGUAAAGACUGUGGAGUUCCUGGGGGCAGCCCCUAAGCAGAGAUUAUUCAGCUCAUAAAUAGCUUAACGCUGUCUUUAUCAUUAUUACGUGUAAUUGAUGCUUUUUGCAGCUUACUUGCAGCAGUUGCUACCUUCCACCCCAGCCCCUCCGCCGCCCCUUGUUUACCUCCUGUCCGUUCGGCUUCCUGUAAACGGGCACAUGCCCUGUAGUCGGAUAGUAGAAUACUCGUCUCUGCAGAGCACUGAGGUGUAAAGAGAGGAAGUUUAUUUUCUUCUCUGGUCUUUUCGUUUUCCUUCGGCUAAGGCUAGUAUCAGAGGUAGACGCAUUGCAUGGCCUUGAGCUUUGAUUGUCUAUCAAGACACAAAUGAGCACACUCAUACGGCCAGUGCACCCAGGGUUCCAUGGCUUCAAGACAAUUAGCAUCGUGUAUCAUUGAAGCUCCGUGCCUGGCAGAGUCACCAGUGCCCAGAGUAUCUAUAUCACCUUCAGGAAAGAGGGCAGAUUCUAAGGUCGAGUACCUUGGCAGACUAGUCACGCCAGCCAUUUUCAAAUGUUGAGCAUAAGCAAGGCUGAAAUCCUUUUCGUUUAAGUAUUUCCUCUGUCUCCCUUCCAGCAUGAUACUCCUCGUAUGCUAGGGACCCUCACACAUGUUCAGGUUGUCCUCCAUCUUGGGCCACACCCCAAAUGGGGACCCAACCUGAUUAAGCCUUCGGCACUUGCCAGUCCAGUUCAUGUCAUGCUAGGUUAUGGAUUAGCUCUUUUGGUUAAAUUUGCAAUAAGAUCUGGACGGCUAAUAAUGGCAUACGCUUGACCCUUGAAUAACGUGGGGGUUAGGGGCGCACAUCCUCUGCAAAGUGGAAAACCCAUGUGCAACUUACAGCAGGCCCUCCAUAUGGUGGUUCCUCUUUGUCCACAGUUCCACAUCCGCAGACUCAGCCAACCCUGGUCUACCUAGUGCUGUAGUAUUUACCGUUGAAGAAACUCUGAGCAUAAGUGGCCCCACGCAGUUCAGAGUCAUGUUGUUCAAGGGUCAACUGUAUAAGCCCUCACCACCUCCUACUGUCAGAGCACUUGUUUCUAAAUAGGAGACUUCCAGAUCAAGCCACCACGCUAUGAGCACUGACAGAGUUCCAGGUGGGGACAGGUAUUUAUAUGAUGUGGGUUUCGGCCCACUUCACAUCACAUAGGGAGAUUUUUUGAAUGGGAGGAUGGAGGGUCAGAAUGAAAUGAAGGGUUAAAUUCUGGGACUGUUCCCUUGGUGAGAAGAUCUAAGAGCUUCUGAUAAAGGGGAACCCAUCCUAUAACUCUAAUGGCUAUCUGGACCCAGAUGAAGACGUUUGUUUUGUUUGCAUGCUAUUAUCCUGGUAAUUAAAAUGUGUUGCUGGCAGAUUCAUCUCUUGUUUCCCAAGCAUGAUUUGUUCAGCUCACAAUGUUGAAAGGAAAGCUGAAAUACACCUACUGAAUCCACACAUGAGCUCGGGGCUCCAUGACACCUAUUUAUUUGCUAUAUAACAUUUUUAACUUUAUGCAACUAGUUAUUAUGCUUUUCUGGUCCUUCAGAAAAGAAAAAAAAAGUGGAUAUGCAUAGAAUACACAGAGAGCAAUGUUUCCAGUCCCAUAGUGGUAGGUCCAAACCAUGCCAAAGAGGACAAAUAGGUGGUGUGUGUUUGUGCUGCAAUAAAGACCAAUUUUCCACCUGUUA